AUGUUGGCGACUGAUGGAGGGGUAGGGUCGGUGGCUGGUGAGAAUCGGGCCACUGGUGGCCGUAUGUUGCUACUGUGUUUGAAGCCUCAAGGGACUGCGCACUUUUCGUUUGUGCAGAGCGACUUGCUGCAGUUGUGCGCGCGGUAUGGCGCUGUCAAGUCGGUCACUCCCUUUGUCUUCCCGUCCGAACCACCGCUGGCCGGCGAGGUGCCACUGUCGGUUGCGCUGGCGCUAGUCUGCUUCUCAGAUGACAACGCGGUAUCCAACGCACUUGCGCUCCACGACACGCCCGUACCUUGCAUCGGUGUGCUCUUGGCGCAUGCUGUUACCGAAGAGAACAUUACCCAACGGAUCCGCAUGCUGUACGAGGCCAUACUGGCCGAAAGCACCCGGUACUUACCAGGGUCCCACCUCGCUGGGCCCCAUCCUGCUGAACCCCACCUCGCUGGUCCACAUCUCCCGGGACGAUCCCACGCGAUGGGAUCACCUCCUGCACACGCGUGUGCACAAAUGGUCGGCUCCAUGCAAGGAGCCACGGCUAUGCAGGGGCCAUCAGCCAUGCAACAUGCGGGUCCUUUGUUUGCCGCAGGUCCCAUCUCUACUGCCGUUCAGGCCUCGGGACAAAUGCCCGCACAAAUGCCUGGAGUGAUGCAGUACGGCGCACCGGGGAGUGGCCCGCCUGGUAGCAGCGCGCACUUCGCUGACCCGUCUCGACGAAACCAGUCGGGAGGUCCCCGCAUCGUUCCUAGGCAGGUUGGACCGAACGCGGUGGGGCCGAACAUCAUACCGGGCCCCCUACCGCACCUGAGCUCCGGUCCGCAGGGUUCUGGUCCCCAUGGUUCUGGUCCGCAGGGUUCUGGUCCGCAGGGUUCUGGUCCACCGGGUUCUGGUCCCCAGGGUUCUGGUCCCAAUCAUCUGGGCGCUGGACCAGGUUCUGGCCCUGCACGCCAGGGUCCUACGCACCCAGGUCCUAGUGGUCACCCAGGUCCUAGUGGUCACCCAGGUCCUGGGCAGCAGCAUCCGGGUCCGGGGUAUCAAGGCUCGUUGGCGCAUCAGACGGCAGGUGGUGCGAGUGAGUUUAACUACUGGGUGGCCCGGUUGGAGUUUGUGAAUCUGUUUGGCGCAGAAGGCUUCAAUGUGACCCAGGCAGUUUUGGGUCCAGAAGACUCUCAUAUCCACUUUAUCUUGCGGGGGUCGGAGAACUGUGUGUCGGUGAGUUUGAAAGGCGUUCCUGCAAACGAGGCGCCGGUUCAGGACCGGUUGCACAUGGCGAUCCAGUCUAGUGCGAAGAUGCAUUUUGACCGAGCUGUGGACAUGGCGGAGGAUUUGCUGCAAGUGAUCUGCCAGAAGUUCGUCGCCUACUGCGUCGGCCACCAGAUCCCGAUCGCUAACAACGCCGGGUUCAUACGGCACCUCUACGCAGGCACCCAGCCCCCCGACUCCGUCGAACCACCGCCACUCCGCUACCUCAGCAACCGCGAACGACCCCGCGUCUGGCUUCACGACGUCCCACCCGAACUCCUUUACAACCCCACGCAGUCAACAAACAACACCCAACAACUUCCUCAACAAACGAAGAACCGACGGAACAGAAAUAAAAGACAACCACUUCAGCGAUUCACGCCACCGGAGAAUAUCUGA